UGAGACGUUAACGGCGAAAUUUCCGAUCAGUUCAAGUUUUUCAUUUGCGCAGAACGCAACGUGAACGCGAGAAAAUUCGCCGUCCAGUCAAACGUGGUGCUGCAAUAAACGAAUCGAAGCGAGUGUACUACAAACAAGUAAAAAAAGUCAAAGCCAAGUAAAAUCACAAAAGGCAAGAAGUAAACCACAGUCAAGUUUGAAAAGCGGAAAAGUCAAGUAUUCGUGUAAAAAAACAACGUGUAAGGAAACGCGAAGUGCACAACUAUUGCAACCAGAGGGGUAUGCGCAUUUUCCUUUCUAUCCGCGAGCUCUUGCAAAAUAGAGUGCAGUAAAAAGUUGUUGCCGCGCGCGCGUUUGUCGCCGAUAUUUCUUUUUCGUGUGCGUCUUCGCCAAUGAACCAAAAGACGAAGUGUGGUUUAGUUUAUAUGCGUUGGUGCCAUACUAAAUAACUACUAAUAUAUACGAAAAAAAAACAAUUAUUAAAAAUAAAUAGGUACAGCGAAAGUGCGUUUGCAAUAUUGCAUAGUAUAGCCACACAAAUUGAAAUACGAAAAUCAAGCAAACAAAGUUUUAUAUACUCAUAUACAUACGUAUGUACAUAAUUAACAAAGUGCAAACAACAUAAAUAAACUUAAUCAAAGCGACCAAAACGCAAUACUAUUUCGAAAAUUCAUCAGUGUGCAGCUAGGUGCUAAUGUUUGUGCCGUCGAAUUAUCCAAUUUACUAAAAAUCCAAAAUAAAUACGAAAAUUUUCUAUUUGAAAUGUGACUUACAUCAGUGAGUAAGUGUGUGUGUUUAAUUUCUACGAUUUAAAAAUAAAAACAACAACCUAACUCAACGACAAGUCUAACUUGUGGCAUUGUCGAAAUUUAAUUGCCAUAAAGCAAAAGUUUUUUAAAAAACAAAAGCCAAAUAUAUUUGCGACGAUAACACUGAAAGUUUAAAAGAUUUUCCAUUAAAAUUUUUUACCAAACAACGAAAAGGACGUUAACUGAAAAAAAGAGAUAUAAAAAUAACAAAAAAAACCAAUCAACUACGACAUUGAUUGAUCGUUAAUCGAAACUCAUUGACACUCUAACCUUGAACUAACUGACUAACUUUCACCGCCGACCAUAAUUCGCGUGCGUUCGUUCGUUCGUUCAAGAUGAGCAUAAUCGAUAGCGGACGUUAUCGGCUGCGCAAAGAUUGGGCCAGUGCCUCCAUACCGUCAUUGGUCGAUAUCGAUGAGCAUGUGGGCGAUGAAGUGGAGAAUUCACUAAAUAUUACAACACCCUUGCCGCCACCAAAGCCGCCACGUCGCAGCUCAUUGGCCUUGGGCUUGUUCUCCAGCAAGGGCGAUAAGAGCCAGAAGAGGCGCAGCUCGAUUGCGGUCUCAUUCCUGCGGCGCGACAGCAAUAAGAACUCCUCCAAAGAUUCCUAUGAAUCUGCUGUGAAACAAGAAAAGAGCGACGGCUCAAACACACCGGUUAGUCCAGAAAUUAUAUACACCGCCGAUGAGAAUGUACGCGCCUCCUCGCCUAAUGAGCCUGGCAAGUUGACCUAUUUCGAUGAUGGCUCCAAUUUGAGACCCAUUGUGAAGGGCAUAAAUUCACCGGUCGACAAAGAACGCAAUCGCCGGCGACGCAGUUCACUGCAAGCGAAAUUGGAAAGACAUCGUCGCAAGAAUUACGACAUUGGCCAAUUGGGCAUGGACAGCAGCUUGCCGAGCGGCUCACAAAGCGAAUUGACCAAUGGCAGUAUGGCUGACGCUAAUGCCGCCAAUGGCAUGGGCUCAUCUGCGGGCGAACUACCGUACGGGGAUAUCGAUCCAAAGCAUACAGCAUAUUUUCCGCGUCAAAAACGUCAUUCAUGGUGGAAUAUCUUUGUGCCAGAGAAUUUGAAAAGCAGGUCACGUAGGGCUAGUCAAGAUGUUUCGCUUAUGUCACGCAGUGUUGACAAUUUGGCCGUGCCAGUGCGUCGGAGCAAAUCACGCAGCGUUGAUCACGGCCUCGCUGCCCCAUUCGAUUUGGAUUCAUUGCGCUCGAAGGUUGAAGGACGUUUUGAGAGCGUCGACCGAUUGACAAAUGAGCGCAAGAAAUCAUCGCUGCCCGCCAUACCCACCAUAUCGUAUACGGUUGGAAAUCGUGAUACCUUGACAUCGGUGGCUGCCCGUUUCGACACCACACCCUCAGAGUUGACACAUCUUAAUCGCUUGAACAGUUCUUUCAUCUAUCCGGGCCAACAGUUGCUGGUGCCCGAUAAGAGUGCGGCGGCCAAGAGCGACUCUAUUAGCGGCAGCGCGUCUGGUAUCGAUGAGAAGGGCUCCAACGCCAGCAUUUCGGGCAAAUCGAGCCCCAUUGAACGCAAAUUAUCCGCCGCCGAUGAGCAGAACGAUGAGAAGGACAUACUUGAAGGUCUCCGCCCGGGCUCACCAAAGCCGGGACACAUUGAACGCGUCGACUCUGAGAAGAGCGCCGACAACGCACCGACCGAAGCCAAUAAGAGUGAUGAUCCCGUUAUCACACAACGUUUCCUCAAAAUCAAUGUACGCCAUAUCACCGAUGGACAGGGUGUUGUGGGUGGUGUCCUCUUGGUCACACCCAAUGCCGUUAUGUUCGACCCAAAUGUGUCUGAUCCAUUAGUGAUCGAACAUGGACCCGAAAGUUAUGGAGUAAUUGCACCAAUGGAGUUGGUCGUCAAUGCGGCCAUUUUUCAUGAUAUAGCGCACAUGCGUGUAUCGGGCGGUGUGAAUACCGAACAAAAUGAAAAUGCCGAAAUCUACUAUCCAAAAGCAGUAUUAGAAGCGCAACAGGCUAAGGAGGCCAAAGAAGAAGGGGCGGCGGACGAAGCAGACGGUGGCGUAGCCAAACAGCGAGGCGAAGGUGAAGGUGGUUCGUCGGAGGCAUGUGACGAUCAGGAGUCGUUGUGUUCGCAGCAUAAAGAUGACGAGAAGGGUGUGGAAGCCAAAGAAAGUGCUAAGACUGAUGAUGAGGGUGAUUCGGCCAGUGCGAAAGCCAAUAACAAAACAGCUGACAAUGCUGAUGCUAAUGAUUUGAAGAAGAACCUUAAUAUCACCGAUACACGCACCACUCUGGAGGAAAGACGCAAAAGUCUGCUGGAUCACCAUUGGGCCAUACCAAGCAAGGAUCGCCUCUAUUAUCUUAAUUCCCGAAGAUCAUCGGAAGACGAAGGCGACAACGAAUCGCAAACGACCAUCGAUAGUGGCGCACGUGGGCAGGAUCCACACUCGGCCACCUCUUCGAUCAGCGGCGUUGGUGCGGUGAGUGGCAUGGGAGUGCACGUGAUUGGCGGUCUAGCACCCGCCGAUCUCGAACACCUGGAAGAACUAUCAAAGCAGUCGUGCUACGAUUCUGGCAUCGAUAUACGCGAUCCGAUACCAAAUUUGCAGCCUAUACCAAAGAAGACCGUAUACAGUGAUGCCGAUAUUGUGCUUAGCUCCGAUUGGGUGCCGCCGAAGACCAUCUCGCCGACAUUGAUGAGCGAAUCACCGCCGCGCAGCUCGGUGUUGGGUGCACAAAGUCUCGACGCGGGCACCACAAGCGGUGGACGCAAGAAGACCUCCAGCGUUAGCUUUAGCGUCGACGACAAUAACGGCGAGCAACAAGCUGCUGCGGCGGUGGCAGCAUCGGCGGCAGCGACCGCCGCUCAGGGUGAUAAGAAUGCUGAGAAGAAGAAUAAAAUGUUGAAACGUUUAUCGUAUCCGUUGACUUGGGUUGAAGGCCUCACUGGCGAAGCAGCUGGCCCUCCGGGUACUGGUGGCAGCCUGGGCAAGUCGGCGGACUCUGAUUCGGCGCCCAAUACGGGCGAUUCGAAUCAGAGCGUAUUUUCAAAAGUAUUCUCAAGACGCUCCUCCAUUGGCACAUUUAUGCGUCCACAAUCAUCGGAGGGCACUGCUUCCACAACGAAAUUGAAGGAGGUAAAACCGCAACCCAAAUUGGACUACCGUUCGAUGGUAUCAGUUGAUGACAAACCGGAAUUGUUUAUUAGUGUUGAUAAAUUGAUACCACGACCGGCUCGCGCUUGCCCGGACCCACCAUUGUACUUACGCCUGCGCAUGGGCAAGCCCAUUGGCAAGGCAAUACCGUUACCGACCUCUGUUAUGUCGUAUGGCAAAAAUAAACUGAGACCUGAAUACUGGUUUAGUGUACCUAAAAAUCGCGUCGAUGAAUUGUAUCGCUUCAUAAACACCUGGGUGCAACAUCUCUAUGGUGAAUUGAAUGAAGAACAAAUCAAGGCGCGUGGUUUUGAGCUCAUCCAAGAUGAUACCGAAUGGACGAAGAGCGGCACCACAAAGAGUGGCCGCAGUGGCAGUCAAGAAAAUGAGGAAAUUAGUGAUUUGACACGCGAGUCGUGGGAGGUAUUGUCUAUGAGCACAGAUGAUUACCGCAAGGCUUCAUUAUUUGCAACCGGUUCCUUUGACCUGGACUUCCCCAUACCAGAUCUAAUUGGCACAACAGAAAUCCUCACAGAAGAGCAUCGUGAAAAACUUUGUGGACACCUACCCGCACGUGCUGAAGGCUACUCGUGGUCAUUGAUUUUCAGCACAUCCCAGCAUGGUUUCUCGUUGAAUUCACUUUACCGAAAGAUGCAGAAACUCGAAAGUCCUAUACUAAUUGUUAUACAGGACACAGAUAAUAAUGUUUUUGGCGCACUAACAUCCUGCUCGCUACAUGUGUCCGAUCACUUUUACGGCACCGGCGAAUCGCUGUUAUACAAAUUUAAUCCCAGCUUUAAAGUGUUCCAUUGGACGGGCGAGAAUUUAUAUUUCAUUAAAGGCAAUAUGGAGAGCUUGUCGAUUGGUGCUGGCGAUGGUCGCUUUGGCCUGUGGCUUGACGGUGACCUCAAUCAAGGACGAUCACAAUCCUGCAGCACAUACGGCAAUGAGCCACUGGCACCGCAAGAAGACUUUGUUAUCAAAACACUCGAAUGCUGGGCAUUUGUUUAAGAUUUUCUAGUAGAAUUGUUUAAAACAAAAAACAGUACUAAAACUAUAUUAAUUAGAGAGAGAGAAGAACCCAACUACAAACGAAAAACAAGCAAACAAUUAUAUAUUUGUGUAUCACCCAUUAUAUGAAAAAAGAAGAAAAACAAAAAGCGAACAGCGAACAGCUAAAAUACAAGCCAAGUGGAAUUUCUCAAAGUGAAGCAGCAGAGGUGUAAACAAAAGCAACUGCAAUCAGCAACGCAUAAGUGGGGGCGACAAGCAACAACUGUGUUGGUGCGCUGCUGCGAGGGCGAAACAAAUACACGUCUGCAAUAAAUAUAUCUAAAUACAAUUAUUACAUACAUACAUUUACAUAUUAUAAAAAAAAAAAAUUAGUAAUAUUUUAGAUAUUUAGUAAGCGCUGAUGUGCAGCGAUUGAGACGUUUAACUGAAAGAGAGAAUUGUUAUUAUUUUUAUACAUACAUGCAUACAUAUUGAUGAUUGAUGAUUGUGCGUAAAGAAAGAACAUUUUUAACCACGUUUACCCUAUAACUUGUAGCGCAACGCAACAUAUAUGAAUAGCCUUAAACCCUGAACCUUUAAUGAGAGUUAAACAUAAUCAUGCAUACUAUUAAAUACACACGCAAAACAUAAACAUAUACACACACACACACAUUAUCUCAUGCGAAUCGUGUACAUUCAUACUUACUUACAUGAAAACAGUGUCAUUACUUGAUUUAAGUUAUUAUGUAUUAGUGUUAUAACAAAAAAUGUUUAAAAAAUGUAAAAGUCGACUUUUCAAAAAACAUCUAAAAUGGAAACUAUCGUCAAAGGUCUCCUAAAAGUGGAGUAGUUGCGGCCGCCAAGCGUGAGCAGUGACUUACAAGCGCGCUGCAGUUGUAGUCUGCUUUUAGGAGGCCAAAAAAUGUCAGGAAAGCGUUAUUUUUGAAAAGUGCGGCUAUUUAGUUUGAGAAAAAAAAAAUGUAUUUAAUCAUAUUAACGCAUUGCUGCGAAGUUUAUAGCGCUCUUAUUUGUUUAAGGAUUUUUGUGUGGAGAUAAAAAAUUACGAAAAUGUUUUGAAAUAAAAAUGAGAAAAGCUCGAGUAAGGGGCGGCAGUAUAUUGAACAACAAAAUUAACAAAGCUUUUAAUUAUGAUCAUUUACAGUUUGGUUGUUGGAAAAAAAACAAAACACUGCAUAAAUAGCAAAAACGUAGGCUACUGCGAGAACAACAAAAGCGCAUUUCAAAUUUUGAUAAAAUCAAUUGCAUGGGCCACUGAAAAUAAAAGCUAAACGAUUUAAAUAAAUUAGACAUUUGAGAAUUGAUUAUUUUAACAUUUAAAAAUUAUAAUAUCGUAAAGUAAUGUUAUACAUGUAUUUAUCACAACGGUAACCCAAUUAGUUUACAUACAUACAUAGUAUAGUUAAGGCAAAAGUAAAACAAAAGUUAUAAAAUCUUAUUUUAACACUUAUAGCGCUCUUACACGAUAUGUAUUUGCAUAUGUAAAUGCUACUUUUCUGACACGUUCUAAUAUAUGGUACAUGCGAGUAGACACAAAAAAUUAGCAUUUACAUAUGCAAAUACAUAUCGUGUAACAGGGCUCUUAGAAGACAUAUUGCAGCAGCGGCGUACUGUUCGUCCGCCAACACAUGCACGCCUAGAGCUUUGAGAAAAAGCCAAAUACUUUCAACCACACUUACAUACACGUAUACAUAUUUGAAAUCUUUUUACUUGCAUAUGUGUGGACAUUCAUGUGAGUUGAUAUUUUUGGUGGUAACAAUUCAAGAAUUUUUAAUGCAAAUGUUGUAACUAAUAGUGAGCAAAAAAUGUUUAUAACAAACAAAAAUAAAAUAAAAUUUGUGAGCCAGCUGUUAAGAAUAGCGCGUUGAUUGCGUAAAUACAUAACUAUAUUAAGUUUUUAAGUUAAUGUGCAAAAUCUACACAUAAUGAAACUAAUACUAAU